GCUUUCGAGGGUUAGGGUUUUCCUCUCUGUCUUUUUGCUUCUCCACACUCAUUUUUGUUUGGAGUUUUCUAGGGUUAGUGUUUGGUUUGGGGUUUUCUUUUUCUCUUGAUGCUAUGCUUCUUUUCUAAUGAUUUUGUAUGAUCUCUCUCUCUCUCUCUCUCUCUUCUCUAUUAAAGUUCUAAUAUUUUAGGGUUUUCUCUUGGAAUUUCCCUCGAAAAACCGUUACUUUUAUAUCUUCCGCAAUCUACCAUGGCAUACUACUUGCGGUCUCGCACCCACAGUCAUCCCACAGGUGCCAAAGUGCAACGUUCUGUCCAUCCAUCAGCUGGGCCACACAAUUAGUCUGGCAUGGUACACAAAUCAGAUUGGGACGCUAUCCAUUCUAUCAUAAUGGGUGAGACUGGCAAGCGUUCCCGCCACCAUAGGGAUAAUAAUGAGAACGAUGAGAAAUACCAGAAGAGAAGAGUUAACAACAAGGAAGGCUCCGGUGAUGGCGAAUUGGUUGUCUAUCGCAUUCUUUGCCCAGGUGGCAUCAUCGGAAGCGUGAUUGGGAAGGGUGGUAAGGUGAUAAAUUCGCUAAGGCAAGAGACACGUGCAAGGAUCAAGGUCGUCGAUCCAUUCCCAGGAGCAGAUGAGAGGGUUAUUUUGAUAUAUUGUUAUGUCAAGGACAAGGAUGAUAAUGAAGUUGAUGAGGAUGAUAGCAAACCUGUUUGCGCUGCUCAAGAUGCUCUUCUCAGAGUGCAUUCUGCUAUAGCUAAUGCAGUGGCUGUUGUUGAGGAAUCCGACAAGAAGCAUAAAGAGGAGGCCCACAUGCUCGUCCCGAGUAGCCAAGUGGCGAAUGUGAUCGGCAAAUCCGGAAGCACUAUCAAGAAACUGAGGACCAAGACGAGAACGAAUAUCAAGGUUACCCCUAAGGAUCCCAGUGACCCUACACAUGCUUGUGCCAUGUCCUUUGACAACUUUGUUCAGAUAACUGGCGAUGCUGGAGCUGUGAAGAAAGCAUUGUUUUCUAUAUCUGCAAUCAUGUUCAAGUUCUCUCCUAAAGAAGAGAUUUCUCUUGACACUACUGUGCCAGAUCUUCCUCCAAGCAUCAUUAUCCCAUCCGAUGUCCCUAUUUAUCCGACUGGUGGCUUUUAUCCUGGUACGGAUGCUGUUGUUCCCCCUCCUAGAUCUGUGCCUCCAGUUGUACCGAACCCACAUUUAACGGAGUUUCCUGGAUAUUCUGAUACUGGGAGUGCAUGGCCUGUGUAUCCCUCUACUGUUCCUGCUGUCUCUGGAUAUGGUGGUUCAUCUCGCUUUGAGGAGUUAGUGGUACGACUGCUGUGCCCUUCUGACCAGAUUGGUCGUGUUAUUGGCAAGGGAGGGAGUUCCAUAAAAAGUGUGAGGCAGGCAAGUGGUGCCCGGGUUGAGGUCCAGGAUACAAAAGGUGAUUGUGAUGAGUGUGUUAUUAUCGUUACUUCUACAGAGUCCACGGAUGAUCUGAAAUCCACUGCGGUUGAAGCUGUUCUAUUGCUACAAGGAAAGAUCAAUGACAAUGAUGAAAAUGACACUGUUAACAUCCGUUUCCUUGUUCCAUCCAAGGUUAUUGGUUGUCUUAUUGGUAAAAGUGGUUCAAUUAUAAAUGAGAUGCGUAAGAGUACGAGAGCCGAUGUUCGUAUCUCGAAAAGCGAAAAGCCGAAGUGUGCUAAUGACGAUGAUGAGCUUGUUGAGGUCAUUGGGGAGGUUGGCAAUGUGAGAGAUGCGCUUGUUCAGAUUGUCUUGAGGCUCAGAGAUGAUGUUCUGAAAGAUAGGGAAGGUUAUCGUAAUGCUCCUCCUCCCACCGAUUCUCUGUACUCAGGGGGUCGUUCUGUGUCAUCGGUUUUGCCUAAUGUUCCCCCAGUCGCUCCUUUGGGUUAUGAUCAAAGGGUUGAAACUGGAAGCAGCUUGGGCAUGCUUUCUACUGGCAGCCUGUAUGGAUAUGGAUCUUAUCAGGUUGGGGAGAACGGCUAUGGAUCUAUUCCUUCAUAUUCUUCAAAGCCAUAUGGAGGACUGCCUUCAACCCUGGAGAUUGUCAUCCCGGCCCAUGCAGUGGGUAAAGUGAUGGGUAAAGGUGGAGCAAACAUAGGAAAUAUUCGUAAGAUCUCUGGGGCAGUUGUGGAGAUUGUUGACUCAAAAACAUCGCGUUCAGAGCGCAUUGCUCAGAUCUCUGGCAUGCCCGAGCAGAAGCGCUCGGCUGAAGACUUAAUUCAGGCAUUCAUCUUAGCCACCUAACUUCAUGGAUGCUUUCCACAUGGCGGAAAGUGAUCUCUUCACUUCAUUUCAGCACUCCCUUCUUCCGUGGUUUCCUAUCCUCGGUUCCUUUCUUAGGCUUCGCACCCAAAGGAGCAAGGACAGGGUCCUAGAAAUAGUUGGCACUCUCCUAAUUUCCUUAGCCAAUUCCGUAUCGUGAAGGAUUCACAGCUGACUUAUUUUUGUGAGAUUACUCUCUAUGUUGAUGACUCUUUUAUCUCCUGUUGUCUUAGAAAUUGUAGGAUCUCUCCCCAUUAUUGGGUCUUUUAUCCUGCGUAAUCUCUGAGGGGCAUGGUCUUCAUCGCAUCUCCAGUUUGUGCCAUGUUUCGUGAUUAUGUUCUUGGUGGUAAUUAUGCUCUUAUGACCAUGACUUGUUCGCAGCUUGCAAUAUUUAUGUUCUAUUUUCUUAGAGCUCUAUCCCCGUCUGUCAGCUUUGUCAUUACUAUGAUCCAUCCAUCAGCAUACACGUGCAAGCUGGUUGGUUUGGUGGGUGGUAUUUUCUCAAACCCUGCUAAAUGAACUCGCUGUGGUACACAUUCCAGGGAAUCGCUGCUUAACUGUGCGAAGUGGGAUGUAUAUGAGAUUCAUGCUGCUUAUCAGCAGGCCCCACCAUAUAGAUGCCUAGUCUGCGCCAGAGUUAGGCUGGUCUUCUCUUCAAUUGGGCCUAACAUUUAUAAAAGAAAUGUGCUUUUAAGCAUUUGGCCUAUUUAUGUGGCCUACCAUUUGGGCAGACUGGCCUGAUUUUUGGUCCAGGGCAUCUACAUGGUGUGGCCUGCCUGAUGAGUAGUCUUGUUCUUGCAUACAUGCACCGCAUUUACAUGUGUGACCUGUGACUCCCGUGCCGAAUGCACAUCUCAUUUCUCUAGUCUUUCCAUACUCCUGACCGAAUUAGUUUGUUAGUUGUUUUCACUUUGUUGAUGCUGUGGAAAAGAAGGUUCCGGAUAAGUAAGAUGAAAAAGGUCCUUGGUGUUGUCUGUAUCCUUUGUUGUAUGUCAUGGGGAGCCAAUUCUAUUGUGAAUGUUGCACCUUUCCCUAUGUAUCAGUACCGACUAUCCACCAUCUUAAUCGAUAUUUACUUGUAUUUUCUUUCCUCUUUUCA